UUUCCCUCCUCCCGACCAAUCCAACAUGGCGCCGUAGGGACGUUGUUAUUGUUCCGUCGCUCCCACAGGCUCUUGCGUUACGAAUAAAAAAAAACAACAAAACCUAGACGGACAAGAAGGCUGAGUGUGUUCAUGCGGGCAUGAGAGGAACAUCUGGAGAUAAUGUUAAGAUCCACCGGCUUCUUCCGAGGGAUUGACUGCCCGUUUUACACGGAGUACAGCGAGGGCAAAGGCAGCAGAAAUGGGUGUAACAGACCGUACUGUCACUUCAGACACUGCCAGCAGAGACGGUCGUCCUACGGAGCACCGGCGGAUGUUAAAAAGCAAAGAGACCUUCACUCCGCACAGAAAGAUCAAGGUUACGAUCCCUUCAACCCAGAAGUAGUGCGACCCCAGGAGCAGCAGAAUGAAAAGGCGGAGGACUCGGGAGACCUCAACGGUGCUUUGGAGCUGGUCAACAAAGCCAUCGAGGAGGUCCGCAGCGAAGUGGAGAGGGAGAGGAGGAAGCUCUCACGGAUCGGGGACGAACCGUACAAGCCCAGCAAGAGCGCCGGUUCGUCUUCGUCUGAGGUCGUUAAAACUAAAGCGGCGCCCUCACACAUGGCCUACGAUCCUGGGAGUUAUCAGAUCACGUCGGGAGGGUACAACCCCACUCCUGGUUGCAGCAAGUACACGUUGGAUUCAGAAAAUCAGGGGCACAACAGUAACUCGAUGGAAUAUGUUCCGAUGUCACUAAAAAAGCCUUCGUCUCGGACACAUUCAAACCAACUCCCCUCCCCCGUCCCCGCGCAGAAGUACUCAAACAGCACAUCUUCCUCUAAGUGCAAAUACACGGUGGACAACUCAAAACCAUCAACGGACAUGGAGUACGACCCGCUGUCUAAUUACUCGGCUGGGAUUGCAUUGAAAAGCAAGAGAGGCGAGGUCGCUCAGCCUGUCAGGACAGAAGGGAGCAAGGCACAUAAACGGCUCGGGUCUGACGCGUCUGACGACGAGUACACCUUAGUGGUGAAAAAGCCACGGCAGCAGAGCCUGGAUGUAAAGAAGUACACCAUCUCCGACUCCGACGAGGAGAGCUCUGGGACCGAGUAUCGACCCAUGUCGCUCAGCAACCUCCAGCAGAGGAAAGGCAACAACGGGUCGGCCGGACACGCUUUUGGCGACGAAAGAAAAGAGAGGACUGAAAGGUUGUCGGGCGCUCUGACGCAGAGGAAUAAAGAGGACUCGGACACCCAGGAAAAUAUUAAACAGAAGGACAGCUUUGAGAAAAAGAAAGCGGCGAGUCGGAGCAGUCACGAGAAAAGUGGCAAACCUGAGAAAGUGCGUAAGCUUGAAAAGGAACAAAACAAAUCAUUGAGCUGUAAAAGCGGUAGCAGUAGCAGCAGUAAGGACAAAGUGUCAAUGAAGAGCUCGAACCAGGACUCGGCAAAGAAGGAGAAUAAGAGUCAUGGAAAGAAAGACGAUAAGAAAAACACGGGAAAGGUAAAGACAUCAGAUAAAGUUCAAAGGGAAGGGAGAGACGAGAAGAGGAGCGAUAGUAAGAUCAGGGAUGUGGAAAAAGUUAAAAUAGACUCAAGUAAACAAGAUAAAGAGACAGAAAACGGUUCAAAGGAAGGCAAGAAAGCAAAAAUGUCAGAUAGAGAAAAACAGUCCAGCAAAUAUAAAGACCGCCAUCACAAAAAUGGUAAACUUGAUAGCAGUAAAAAAGACUUGAAGAAAUCCAGUAAAAGUAGUUCUAGUAGUAGUAAUAGUAAAGGGAGCUCGGCGAACAGUAAAGACAAAGUGAAGCAGCACAUGAGCUCCUCGAACGGGAAGAGACUCGAGGACAAACGGAGUCUGAGCCUGAGCCACGCGGAUCUGUUCGGAGACGAGAGCCCGGACGAGGCCGAGCCGAUGGAAGACGAGUCCGAGGACGAAGCGGAGGAGGUUCUGGUCCGGAAAUCGGCCGACGCUUUGAAGAGGGGGAUGCUGAACAAGAGGAAAGCGUCGGAGCGGACUCCGUCCUCCUCCGAGGACGAGGGCGACUGUGGCCUGGAGGGAAGGGACGAGGUGGACGGCGUUCAAAUCGACCUCUCCGCUUUCCAGGACGAUCUGGACUUUGACUCUGACCCGAUGGAGGAGUGUUUGAGGAUCUUCAACGAAUCCAAAGAUGUUAAGAGGGAGGACAAGGGAAGGCAAGCCAAGCAGCCUUGCAGGGAUUCAGAGGAGGAGAAAGGCACAGAGAGCACUUUAACCACUCUCUUCCCCGGUCAAAAGAAGAGAGUCUCCCAUUUUGUUGCCAAAGGAAAUUCUGAUGCGCCUUCCAAGUCUGCGGUGCGGCCGUACAGGAGGCUCACGGCUCAGGAGGUCUGUUAUCAGCGCAUGCAGAUGGCUCAGCAACAGGCCACUCAGCUCUCCGCUUCGGUCAAAGCCGCCUCGCAGAGCUCCAGCUCGAGCUCGAGCUCCGGCUUCUCCGGAGAGAGGAAGAGAAUAGCACACCGUCCUAACCCGCAGACGUCAUCGUCAAAAACGAGUCCUUCAGAUGUGAAAGCAGCUGCACAUCUGGGCGUCAAGACCCAAACCACAGCCGGCAUUUUGUCCAAGACGGCGUCCACUGUCGCGCAGAAGAGGGUGGCGCACACACCCACUUUAAAGAGCACUUCAAUGAGGCGCCCCGUCAUCCCCACGGAGUUCGGAGCCAAAGUUCCCACCAACAUCCGCCAGCGCUACCUCAACGCCUUCAUCGACGAAUGUGUCAAAUUUUGCCCCUCGGAGGACGACGCCUUCCAGAUGGGCCUGGAUGAGGAGAAGCUGGUGUACGAUCGCAGCAGCAGCAAGAACAUCUACCUCAACGUAGCUGUCAACACGCUGAAGAAGCUCCGGAGCAAGAGCAGCUCGUGCCCGUCGCCUGUCACCAAGAACCCGGCGUCUGUCUCUAAAAGGAGGGCGCAGUCCCACGAGGACGUCCUGGGGGGUCGUCUCGCCGCCACCACCAGCUUCACGGUGAACAGGAUGGGUAAACAGCAGGAGGAGAAACUCAGCGGAGUCGCGCUGUACAGGAAGCUGAAGGCGUAUCUGAUGACCGAGGAGCAGCUGCAGGAGCACGGUUACCCGAGGACCAACCCCGAGUGCGCGGGCAAGGCCGUCAUCUACAACCUCCCCGAGAAAAAGGCCGCCGUCACAGACCCGUUCGCCAAGGUUUGCUGUCGAUGUGGCGCCGAGUAUAAGGUCAACGUCAACGGCAACUGUGUACGGAAAGAGGAAUGCAGCUUUCACUGGGGACGUUUACGCAGACACAAAGUCGCCGGAGGCUGGGAGACCAACUACAGCUGCUGUGCUACAGCCGUCGGUGCUCCCGGUUGCCAAACUGCCAAGCAACACGUUCAGGACGGACGUAAGGAGUCUUUAGACGGCUACGUCUCCACAUUCAGCAAAUCUCUUCCCCCCGAUGGAAACGGAGGCGUGUUUGCUCUGGACUGUGAGAUGUGCUACACAAAGCAGGGUCUGGAGCUGACCAGGGUGACGGUCAUCGACUCCGAGAUGAAAGUCAUCUACGACACGUUUGUCAAACCCGAGAGCAAAGUGGUCGACUACAACACACGGUUUUCUGGCGUGACGGAGGAGGACUUGGAGGGCACCACCAUCACCCUGAGGGACGUCCAGGCCGUGCUGCUCAGCAUGUUCAGCGCCGAGUCCAUCCUCAUCGGACACAGUCUGGAGAGCGACCUCCUCGCCCUGAAGCUCAUCCACAGCACAGUCGUGGACACGGCCAUCGUGUUUCCUCACCGCCUCGGGUUGCCCUACAAGCGCGCCUUGAGGAACCUGAUGGCCGAUCACCUCAAACGCAUCAUCCAGGACAACGUGGAGGGACACGACUCGAGCGAAGACGCGUCCGCCUGCAUGGAGCUGAUGAUGUGGAAGAUAAAGGAGGACGCGAAGGUGAAAAGAUGACCCCCGACCCCCUCGACUCCGCUUUCCUCGUCGCGACCCCCUGUCUUUCGGGGGGACGGGAGAAGAGAGACGUCCGGGAGAGGUCCUGCGCUUCCUCCGCGAGCGAGUUAAGGUCGAGAGAGACGGUUCGGCUCAGUUUGAGGAGCUCGGCGUUGCGACCGUGUCCGGGGGGAGAGCAGUCAACAACGCCUACAAAGCAAUAGGAGCCUAAAUUAACUAUGUUUUUAUUUGCUUAUUGAUACUUCAGUUCAUUUGAGCAAAGGCCUCAAAACGCAUUCAAGAAUUAAACCUGUUUGUUGAAGAACUGUUUAAAAAAAGUCAGGGGGCAUUAUUUGAGAUUGAAAAAUGCGAGAUUCACGGCGGGCUGUUGGUUCAGCCUAAAUUGCACUAUAGGAACGCUCUUGCUGUAUAGGGCCCAAGUCUGAGUACCUCAUGUGUGUGUGUGUUAAUAAUGCAUUCACGUCUAAUAAUAAAAUAAAAUAAAAAAAAACAUUAAAAAAAAACACGUUCAUAGUUACACUUAAGUGCAUUGAAGUCUUAGUCUGCCGAGCGAUGCUUAUGUACAUGCACUUGUUUUUCAUGCUGCACCUCUAUUCUCAUCACUGACGCUCUACGCAUUUCUAUAUAUAUAUAUAUAUAUAUAUAAAUAUAUAAAUAUAUCAGAUCUUAUAGAGCUGAGGUUGAUGGAUGGCUCUCAAACAAAUCCUGUAAUACUUGAUCACGUAUUAGACCCUCAGCAGAGAAAUCUAGAGUCGCUGCUGCUGCUGCUGCCACCUGUUCUCGGUGUAGUCGGUGGAAUUUAAAGUACCGACGAUGCUCACCACUCUGUGUCUCCGUGUCACAUGCACUGCAUGAAAUAAAAAGUACAGGACCCUCGACGUGUUCCUCCUCCAUUAACAAAAAAAAAAAAAAAAAAAAAGGCAUCGUUACAAACACCUAUCGUUUAGUGAGUAUCGGCUGACCUGCUGUUUUAUGUUGAAUAAAGACGAAAACACAAAAGACAAAACCACCAGAGUGCUGUAAAUAUGCUCCAAGCAGUUUCCUUUUGUAUAUGUUCAUUAUUUUGUUUGUUAAUCUUUUUCUAUUAAAACGUAUUAGUUUAAAGAAAA